GGCACUGUAUUCCCAAGAUGGCUACCACCAGUGGGCCACUCAUAAACAACUUCGAAGUACCUUCAUGGGCCAGUAAACCACCCACAGGUCUUCAUUUAGAUGUUUUAAAAGAUGGAAAAAUGAUACAGAAACUUAUGAUAGAUGAAAAAAAAUGUUACUUCUUUGGAAGAAAUAAACUGAUGUGUGAUUUCUGCAUUGACCAUCAAUCUUGUUCCCGAGUUCACGCAGCACUGAUUUGGCACAAGCAUUUAUCCCGACCGUUCAUCAUAGACUUGGGCAGCACUCAUGGAACAUACAUCGGACACAUUCGUUUAGAGUCCCGCAAGCCUCAACAGGUGCCCUUAGACAGUGAGCUUCACUUUGGAGCCUCAACUCGUCUGUACGUCAUCAGGGAACGUCCUCAGAUCACAUCCAACCAUGGGGAUGAGAAGGACAAACGAGCCGAUGAAUUGGAAGGAGGACUAAUGGGCCUGCCCGAGUCUGAAACAGAGUUAGAUAAUUUAACAGAAUUUAAUACAGCCCACAAUAGGCGAGUGACAGCCAUGGUGGAAAUUAAUGAAAAGAACUCUACAAAUCCAUUGAAAAGGAAACACAAAAGCACGCAUGUGAAUUUUGAGGAUGAAGAUGAAGUUAUUAAUCCAGAGGACAUAGACCCAUCCGUGGGACGCUUUCGGAAUCUUGUACAGACAACAGUAAUACCAAAAAAGCGAGCAAGACUGGACGGAGGUUUGAAUGCCAUUUCAAUGACAGACAAUAUUACAAAAAGACUGCAGAGUUUUUCAUACUCUACACCCAGUUUAUACGCAGAUCUUGGAAGUGUGCCAGGAGUGGGUGCUGGAGGUACCCUAAGUAUUGCUCAGAAACUAGGACUUCCUAUGCUAAAUUUGGCACCAGAUCUGGUCGAGACAGAACCAGUGGCCCCCGUCAACCCUGUACCCGCGGUCGUGUUCUCUAUGGAGGAAGGCAGCAAAGAACCAAAAAAGAAGAAAUACGCGAAGGAGGCAUGGCCAGGAAAAAAACCAACUCAUUCGUUCCUGGUGUAGCCUCAGUAUUGUAUACAAUUCAUGUAAUGUUCUUGUCAUCUCCAGAGGUCAGCUGCAAUGAUUCAUGUGUCCAUUAUAACGGCCAUUUAUUCUGCCAUCAGGCCACCAUCUACAUCAGCUCAUACAGCCAAAACGUUGUGACCAGCUUUCAGAAAGGAAAGUCAAUCUCACCUGUUGUUAUUUCAGCAUCCUCAAUAUCCAGGGGUUAUGCUAACUUGUACUCUCUGCUCCCCAUUGAAUUUGUUAUUGCAAAACUGAAGGCUCAGGUGUGCACCACCUCGUUGAUGAGACAAGAAGAUUAGGUCGAUCCUUUGAUGUACAUCAAAAGAAUCUUGCGGUUGCGUAAUGGUAAAAAAUGACUGACUUUGAAGUCAGGUGUCGCCCCUUUGUAAUCUUCAAAGAACAGGUAUUAGCCUUGUGAUUGGUCAGGUAUUUUUCACCGGAGACCAAUCAGUUCAAUUGAAUUCAAUUCAAAUUAGUUUAUUAUCGUGUCACAUGAUUUUGAAUAGCCACAAUACAACUAAAUGUACGUGUACCCCUUAUAGUAGCACCGUAACUAGUUACUGGCCACACUGUACUCUCAUACAGCAAACAUGAUCAAUAAUAAUCAAAAAACUUUCUUUGUGCCUUCAAUUUUGCAAUGACCUAUUAUUCCAGGGGUGCAGAGAGCGUACAUGAGCUUAACCCCUGGAUAUUGAGGAUGUUAUUUUAGUAGCAAGCACUAAAUUCCUUCAUGAUUUUUGGUUGAUUUAUUUUUAUACACAGUUCAUAUAUACAUACUAACCGACGUCUUAGUGAGAAGGUUUUUAUACAAAAGUCAUGCAAGCAAAUCUAUGGCUAAGUGAAUUCAUGUUACACAUACAUGUUAGCUAAUCUAUGGCUUAGUGAAUGUAUGUUUAUACAUACAUGAUAGCUAAUCUAUAGCUUAGUGAAUGUAUGUAUAUGUUUAUACAUACAUGUUAGC